UCUGUUUAUUUCUCUCUCUACCUUAAAUCAAAUUCACUUUAUUAUUUUUUGACUAGUUGAUCGCUCUUAUCCUGCGGACUUGUGUACAUCCUCACCCCUCUGCUCUUUUUUUUUGUCUUUAACAUUCUGCAUCACUCCAUGGAUCCGCGUCUGCUCCAAGACAAGAACUAAUCGGCAAUCUCUCUCUCUCCUCUCCUUUUUCCUCUCUCCUUCCCCCCCUCUUUCUUUCUCUUCGUCUUUUUUGUAUUCCUUUCUUUCAUAUUACUCUUUUCAAGGCAGUUUUGACCCUACCCCUGCUCAACUCAUAACGCGACAAUAAUCAUGUCUAAAUAUCCAGGCCAUCAUCCAGUAAAUCAUCCUCGAGGAGGAUUUCCGCCAUAUCCUCCAGGAUCAGGAUCAGGACCAGGACAAGUUGGACCAGGAGGCACCAACAUGAACAAUAUUCCUGGACAGGGUCUACCAGGACCUACUCGGAUUGGAUUUCCAUCUGGACGACCCAUGGGUAACAUGAGUCUUAAUAAUCAGGGACAUAACAUAGGUGGAGGCUAUCCGGGACAGUUUCCUCCUUCAAACAUGUCGUAUGGCAAUAGCAAUAACAACAAUAAUAUGGUCAAUCCCAACAACAACAGCAAUAGUAACAAUUCUCAAAUGCCCUAUGGACAUGCUUCCCAACAUACUACCCCAACCCAUUCACCUUACUCGUCUUCGCCAUCUUCGUCAGCCUACUCAAAUUCGAACAAGCCACAUUCGACCGCGCCAUUGCGGAGGUAUAUUUUGCUUCCGCCACCAAGAAAACGAAAACUGCAUAAAACGAGUGAUUUAGGCUAUCCUGGAGUUUUUCCGCAGCGCCCCGGGCAGGAUGAGGAUCAAAUGACGCCCACCAAUGUCAAGGCUGGGUUUAUGGAUAAAGGCAUUAUACAGAAUGAUAUUGUAUCUGCUCAAGGAAUACUCGCUGAUGGUCUUCAGGACCCAAAGAAACUUCGUGAGUUGGGCGCAUUCAUGGUAGAAGUUUUGAAGAAAAGACAAGAGAGCAACAGGAUCACAGGGCCAAGUACAUUCAGACCCCCUAGUCGCGCAACUCUAAAUGACCAGAAGAAGGAGCAAUGGCUGUCAGACUUGUCAGGAACAGUGUCCUUACGUCGACUUUCAAAAAGUGUGCCUCAUGGAUUCAAAUCAGAGAAACUGUUGGAGGCUCUUGCUCAACGCCAAGUACCAUUGUUGCGAGCUACCUGGUACAUCAAGAUUGUGGCCCUUAGUGAGAUGCAACCUCAACGAAAUCGACCAGGCAUAACACAGCAUCAGUACUCAGCUGAAUGGACUGCGAUCGUCAAUUUAUUCCUGAGAAAGCAGCUUUUGGAGAUCAACCCCAACCCUACCUCAAAACCCGCUACUUCUGCACUCAACCCAGCAAGUGGGACACAGAAUGUUAAGCCAUGGGCAAAUGAGGAGGCAAAAGAAAAAUGGGAGGCCAAAUGGCGAUAUUCUGUCAUGUUGACAAAAUGGCAAUAUAAUGAAGGAUUGUUGGAUCAUCGUCAUUUUCUUAGAGUCACUGUAGAGCAACUAACAACACUAGGAUUUGAACAAGUGACGUUGUUACUGAGCUUAAUUUCUAUGUUUCUCUCCGAAUAUGCGAGGUCAAGACUUUUGAUGAGGCUUUUGAUCGAAGGACUCUUGAGCACCCUUCAAUCUGUGCAAAAACAUCCAUCAUAUAAUCAACCUGUAUUUCGCUAUAGCGACCUUGAGUUGGAGCUGAAGCGAAUGAUUCAGUCAAUAUUUCUCUCCACGCCAGACAUGUUUGUAAUACCCAAGGCUUGGGCAAUACAUUCCAGCCUUCUACAGCAAGUACUUCUCCAAGACAUGCAAACAACUGUCUACAAGCCUGCAGUGUUUCCCAACGUCGUUUCAGUGUUGGAGGCCCAAUACAAAAUGAUUCAUGCACGCGUAAAUGUCUUUACAGGGCUAUCUUCUAUAGGAUCAGAUCAAGACUGGAAAAGCGCAAGACUAGGGAACCAUGUUGAUAUCCUAGACCAUAUAGACCAUACCUCAGACCUAGAGCAAGUAGCGCAGGAAUAUUUUUCAGAAGCCGUCGAUAGUUACACGCCAUCGUCAAUACCAUCCACGCCGUCAAAAAUGACUUUUUCUCCCGCCACCACUCCAUUAGCAGGAACUUCUCUACCUAUACCGCCUUCAUCGCCUUCAACGUCACAUACAUCAUCUUCAUCCCAGUGGAUAGACAGAGUAUGGAAAUCCCGUCUCAACACCCUAUGUGAAUGGGCUAUAACAAAUUCGCGCUAUGGACAUCACCGUGUUUAUAUUGCUUGUACACUUCUGGGCAUUUGGCGUGACGAUCCCAUACUGUCGCCACGUAUUCCUUUAGAAGAAAGGACUAUGGUGCUACAGGGCGCUCUUCUUGAGUUUCUGGAUACAUUUAAUGGCUCUCAGAACCAGACAUCCAGCUACGGCGAUGCGUCACAUGGACAUCAACAGCAUAGCAGUCAUGGGAAUGAAGACACGUUGGAUGCCAUGGCACGGCUCUUUGGUAACCUGAUUCAUGAUCGCUUGUUCUCAUAUCAACAGUAUCUUCAGCGAUUGAUAGCGAGAGGUGAUCUACAACCAAGUAAACGGUGUCAGGAGUCGACAAUACGGCACUUGAAAUAUCUACAGUCAUUUCCAUUACAUAAAGGAGCAAAGCCACACCAUCUUAAUCAGCGUAGAGUUGUCCUGUUUGGCGUCAAUGGCGAAGAUGAAUAUGAUCGGGAAUGUUUUGAAUCCAUCAUCUCUCAAGUCAAGGCCAAAUUACCAUAUAUGUUUUCUCCUGAAGCCGGAAAUAUGACUGCUCCUGUCAAGGAUUCGCCUCAGGAUAGUGUAGAGCUGGCUAUGCCUCUGUCUAUCCAACUUACGGAACUCAUUCUCUCAGCAAGCAGGUUCUGUCAGCUUCGUGUCACCACUCGGCUUCUGGAUACUGUAAAAUCAUUCGUAGUCAAGAAGAUUGAAGUUGGAGAGGAUAACUGGAGGGUCAUGACAUCACCUGGUCUUUCUCUCAUGAAUGCAAGGCAAUUUGCAACCGUUGUCAACGUCAUGGAAGUAGCUAGCGAUUUUCACUCUUUGUAUGAUGUUUGCACAUGGUUACUAGAGCACACCGCAGACAAAACAUUACUGACAUACAUUGUAAACAUUGCCAAGAAACACUACAUGGUGUGGGCGGCUAUGGGCGUACUCAUCAAAUUCUCACAGGCAAUUUUGGAUAAACAUUACGAACUACAAGCUAAGAGUGUGAAUAUUAAAGCGUUGCCACGCUAUCUUGCGUUUGAGGCGCACAAUGUCCCAGAAGACAUCCGCGCGCAGAUGGAAGGUGAUUUGAUCACAGGAAAGCCUGCAACAACAUCUGGGGUCAAUAUCCCAUCACAAUAUUUUGAACUGCAGAAUUUGCUCUCGGACUCGUCUCCUACCGCGGUAUACAACCUGGCGUCGGUAUUAUAUUCUAAAUAUGGUGGACUAGCACAUUGGCCCCUCCAGCUUUUUAGUGAAUGCGUUGACGCUCUUCAUAAGCUCGACUCAACUCUUACGGAUGACCCUACCAGCCACGGAUGUCCACCAUCUACAUCUGCUAGAAUGGAUCUCAUUAGGGCGACUCGAUUGUACGCAGAAUUGCUUGUUGAAAUGGCGGAACGUGUUGGAAAUGGUUGUAUGAACGAUGUGGUUUUGUCAUGGCUACGUUUGCACGACUUGGAUUGGAUGAUGUCUGUCCUGGGAUCAGUGUCUACAAACGAGGAAGCAGCUUAUGAAAAGCAUCCCAUGUGGUUCUUGUCAUUUAUGAUGCAGCUUGUGAUCCAGGGAUUUUGUUCAAUUGAAGUCUUGGUUCAGGAUAUGUGCGGCACAAUGUUAAAUAAGAUCGCAAAUAAUAUUCAGCAGCCUUCAUCCCAUAUGGAACUUCAUGGAGAGCAUCUUGAGGAGAUUCAAAUGCAGCAAACUAUGCCAGAUCAGUCAGCACUCCGUCUUUGCUUGACCAUGGUAGUUCUAUUGAGGCUACUACUAUUAGAAGAUGCAUUUUCAAACCCUAGAGCGAGUCAUGCAUAUGGAUCCAGUCAUCAUACGCUGUCAUUGGAGCUUCACAUUCAGAGAUUGGGGAUCCCAUUCACUAUUGCCGAGCUUCAUGCACUGCAGACGCAGAGGUAUUCAAGGCUGAUGGCCAUGCAACAGCAGUCACGGAAUGAACAAGAGUGGUCAAGAGAAACUGAGACGAAUCCAUUGUCAUCACAACCAUCGUUACUUGAGCAGCGAAUGAUGCUUGUUCAAUUUCAAAUCUGCAGAGAUCUUGUAUGGAUUGAAUCCUGUCUACCCUUAAAUCAUAAGGUUCUUCAUGAAAUUCACGAGUACCGCAAGGAUUGGGCUCUCUCUGCUGAUUGGUUGCGCGAGAAGUGUUUGGCUAAUGUGGAUGACGCUUACAAAAUGUUCUUGCAGACCAGGAUGGGGCAAGGGCAAUGGCGAAGCGAUUUGUCAGGAUCACAAGCAAAUACUGAGAGCAGCAACAAGAAUAACAAGAAGCAUUCUGAGGUCGUGGAUCGCAAAAUGAUGGAAACUUUUCAGAUGCUGGUUGCUGAAAGUCAUGAAAGCCUCUUGUUACUUGAUACUUAUGGCGAAGGUUCGUUGACUGCAAGUAUGGUCCAUCAAAGGAAAUUUAGAUCUAUAUUUUCCAGAGUUGAUCCAUGGACGUUCGAUAGGCGCAAAGUAGAGUUUUGGCUGUUGUUGGAUAAUGUGAUGAUGGAACGGACUGCACGAGAAAAACGUUCUGGAUCUGAUGGUGGAUUAUCUAAGGAGAACAAUGGAUCGAGCGGUCCUGUUCCUUCUUCUGCCUCUUCUUCUAGUGGGUUCAUGAUGAUGGAAGGUGUGACUAUGACAGCAGGGCCGGGUAAUCCAUCUGAAGGUGCUGAGCCCGUGGGAUUAACGAGCAGUGGGGGAGGCGCUGGCAUGAAUACAGGCGUAGAGGGCGAUUCUCUUCAGCAAUUGAUUCAAAUAUUUUUCCAAGAGUUUGUCUUGUCUGAAAAUUCGAACAAAGAGCUCUUGGGACGGAUGAUUAUCGGCAUGAGAUCAGAUGCUGUUGAAGAAUUCAUUCGCUUUGGAUACAGUAUUUUGGCUGGAAAUCCAAAUGAUCCUUUUCCGCACAAUGUUAUGAUUGCUCAUCGACCUGUUACCAGUACAGCUUACGUCAAGAUCGUGGCAAACUUUCAUUAUAUCAUGGAAAUCCUCCUGAAGGAAGGACAGCCUACAGUUCCACUGUCGUUGGUUGCAGAUGAGAAUUCUACACAAUCAUCUGUUACUGCUGUAGCGCCUUCCCCAACUCCAUCUGCUAGUAACUCGCAGCCAACGAACAACAACGCCAACAACAACGCCAACAACAACCAGACAGUUGACCCAUUGCAGGGAUUGGAUGCAGCACAGUUGGAGAGUAGAAUUGGAUUUGCAAAGAGUCUGCUAUUGCAGCUUAAGAAAUUUGAAGAUAGGAUCAAGUUUUUUGAUGUUAUGCAUGCGAUAGGAUGCUCAUAUGAGGAAGCAUCCAAAGUCAUCCAGGAUAGUGAGACAGCAGGCGCUGACAUGGAAGAUUUGUUGCUGAAUGCCUCAAUGCAACGCAGUCAUCUUGCUCAGAGCCAACUGCAUUUGAUGUCUGAAAAUAAUCCGUUCCAGCAACAGCAGCAGCAACAGAAACCAGCGCACUCCACCACUUCUGAUGUCUCCAACGCCAGUUCUGCAGUCUACUUGAUCGACCUUCGGACAUCCCUCUGUCUGAGACUCCGACUCCUAGUCCCUUUACUCCCAGUCAUCCUUCAACAGCCAUCACCUGCUGCGUGUGAUCUUGCUACGUAUGUGAUUCGUCUGACCAACUUGUUGGUGUCAUCCAUCGUGCAUGGACAAGGGUCUGAAGAGCGUUUGUUUGAGUUUUGUCUGGACAUGGUCUCAUGUUUGAUGGACGAAGUCCUUCUCCUCAGUGCUUCGAGCAGGGAUGCCUCUGAUGACAAACUCGAUCCCAACGGUGUUUGCAAGCAGGAUUUUCAGAAUUUUGCCCUUUCAGCAGCAUAA